AUGGUCCGCUUCCGCCCGCGGGCGGCCGGCGGCGCCGCGGGCGAAACCGCCGCGGACGUCUUCCUGCCGCUGCACCAGCGGCUCCAGCUCCGGCGCCUGGGCCACGAGACGGGCCUCGCCGACGAGGUGUCGCGGCGCCUCGGGCCCGUCGGCGAGGACGUCGAGACCUACGAGGCGCGCGCGCGGCGCCGCGCGCGCGACGCCGCGAAAAACACGGAGCUGCUCCGCGCGGCCAAGGGCACGCCCCGCGGCGGCCCCAACGACGAGAACGCGGAGCCCAACACGCCGUCGCCGGUCCACGACGCGCCCGCGCCCGCGCCCGCCGCCGCGGCGCCCGAGGCCGCGGCGCCCGCCGCCGCGGCGCCCGAGGCCGCGGCGCCCGAGGCCGCGGCGCCGCCGCGCGACGCCUUCGCCGCGGCCGCGAACGUGUCGGCCCGGGUCGUCUCGACGGAGCCCACGCGCGUCCUCGUCGGCGUGCCCGGCAGCGGCCUCGUCUACUACGACUUCGAGCGCGUGCUCGACGCGGGCGCGACGCAGGCCGCGACGUACGGCGCCGCCGCGGCGCCGCUCGUCCGGAGCUUCUGCGACGGCCUGAACGGCUGCCUCCUCGCCUACGGCCAGACGGGCAGCGGCAAGACGCACACCAUGUUCGGCCCGCCCGGCGCGCUCGACGCGGCCGCGGCGUCGCCGGCGAAUCGCCUCGGCGCCGACGCGGGCGUCGUGCCGCGCGUGCUCGCGGACGUGCUCGGCGCGAUCGCGGCGGCCAAGUCCCGCGGCGCGGCCGUCGACGCGCGCCUGAGCUUCUCCUACCUCGAGCUCUACCAGGAGCGGCUCACGGACCUGCUCGGCGGCGGCGACGUGAAGCUCUACCGCCGAUCAUCUCUCGGAACGGUCUCGAAGCGUGGAUGCUUUUUCCGGAACGCGCGCGCGCGGAACACUCACGUUGAAGCGAACUUGAAUCACUCUUUUCCGGUCCAGGCGGCGACGGCGAUGAACGCGCGGUCGUCGCGCGCGCACACGAUCUUCGGGCUCACGCUCGCGCAGUCGUGCCGGGGCAAGGUGCUCACGUCCAAGCUCUUCCUCGUGGACCUCGGCGGGUCCGAGCAGGUGAAGAAGUCGAAAGCCGAGGGCGACCGGUUCCGCGAGGCCGUGACGAUCAACAAGUCGCUCGUCGCGCUCGGCCGCGUCGUCGACGCGCUCGUGAACAAGAACAAGCACCACGUGCCCUACUACGAGUCCAAGCUCACGACGCUCCUCCAGCCCGCCUUCGGCGGCAACUCGAAGACCGUCGUCCUCGUCUCGGCGUCGCCCGACGACGGCGACGGCGACGAGUCGCUCAACAGCGUGCGCUUCGGCACGCGCUGCGCGCGCGUGCUCAACAGCGCGUCCGCGAAGACGGCGGACAUGGCCGACGUCCUCGCGUCGCUCGACGCGCAGAUCGCGGGCGCGCGCGCGACGCUCGCGCGGCUCGAGGCCGGCGGCGCGAAGGCGCGCGCGCUCGGCGAGGCCGGCGACGCGCGGCUCCGGGGCAUGGGCGCGGGCCACGCGGCGGCCUCGCGGCUCCAGGCCAUGAGCCACCAGGACGACACGGGCGGCGACGUCUCCAAGGAGGCGGGGCUGUCCACGCGCCAGGCGCACGCGCACCGCGGCGCCUACUCCCACGUCGACGACGACGCGGGGCUCUACGUCGCCGAGUCCGACAAGCUCGCCGCGCUCCUCCAGCGCAAGGCCGCGAUCGUCGGCGCGCCCGCCAAGUAGGCCGCCGCGCGCGCGAGCCUCGGAACCCCAGGCCGGGCGUAACCAGCCACCCCCGCUCCGGGCCGCUCGCGCGGUGGUCGGAGUCGUCGUGGCGAGUCCCCGC